AUGGCGCUGUGCUCAAACAGGCGACGAAAGACUUUAUUACGAAUUCUUAUUGUGCUUAUUCCCGCUGCAUUUUUCUUUGCCUGCCUUACAUAUAUGAACGCAGAAGACGCAAAACACCGCGAGAAUUUUAGCUAUCAAUAUCCCCAACAAAUAGACCGUGGCCAGGAAAGAGUAGAUUUCAGCCAAGGGCGGAGAGAUUUCCAAACGGAAAAAUUCAACUCAAAGCAGCGUAGAAGAAACAUUUUGGUAAUUGCUCAUGGUAGAUCUGGCUCUACGAUAACUGGAGAUAUAUUUAACCACCAUCCAUCUGUAUUCUACCUGUUCGAGCCGUUACAAACCGUGGAGAGAAUUUUUAAAAAACUUGGCACCAGCGACGAACAUUAUGGAAGCCUCAUGGCAGACAUCUUAUCGAACUUGCUGCGAUGUAACUUUAGUAAACCGGUUCUCGAAGACUUUGAUCACUUCUACCGAUACCCGAGCCAUCGUCAAGCGAGCCACGCGAUUGGUUCGCCGCCUUUGUGUCCAUAUGAAAUGAACGAUCCCAAAUGGGAUCCAAAACUUUGUCCUCCGAUGACGAGCGAAUCUCUAGGAAGCAUCUGCAGGGACAAGUACCCUGUCACCGUGGCAAAAAUUCUCAUGAGUCGCAUCGCAGGAAACAACAUUAAGAAUAUUUUGGAAGCGUGCAAGUCUUCGGAUGCUGAUUGCCAAAUUAUAUUCCUCGUAAGAGACCCUCGGGCUGCCAUCCCGUCAUCUCAGAGUGUCGGUUUCUUCAGUAACCGCGGAAGCCAGCUGAGUAAAAAUGGUCUUCGCCUCUAUAGCUAUCAGAAAUGUAAGAAAACGGAGGAAAACUUGGUUUUUCUAAAGAACCUUCCCAUCAGCAGGCGCAGACGUAUCAUGAUACAGCGGUACGAAGAUUUCGCAAUGAACCCACUGAAGGUGCUGUCUCGCCUGUACAACUUUGCUGGGUUACCUGUGCUGGACAGCGUGAAAACAUGGCUCAACAAAUCAACGCACCCGGAGCAGACCCGAGAGAAGAUGAAGAUAGAGGGUCAUGCAGCGUUUUUCACAGUGGAUGACGCUUCAGUGGCUGUUAAUCGCUGGCGGUGGAAGGUGGAUCCGUGUGUUAUUGACAUCAUUGAGCAUUACUGUGAACAGGUGAUGCAGAUGAUGGGGUAUACUCUAGUCGACCGGUCAUACGAUUUAAUGGCUAACAUCAGUAUUCCGCUGUUCAGUGAAGAGUACGAAGCAAAGAAAUGGUUUAUAAACUGA